AUGACUGGGAGGCAUAGUCGAUGUCGUGGUACUGCAGAAAAAGCUGCUAUAACCGUGUACAACAAGAACGCCAUACAAAGAUGUCACCGUCAAAAAUCAGACAACAAUAUUAUGCUAAAAUUCACCGAAAAUCUGGUCAGGAAAUGGCAAAGUUCAAUCGAAGACCAGAUUGAUACGCUUCCAACUAAAGUGACGGUGUCUAGUGAAUCUGAAAACAUGAAGACUACGAACAAUGGUGUUUUGCGGUUUUGUUUAAAUCAGCGGACUUACGUUUCAAACAGUAUCAGUAAACAACUUUAUGACGCGCUUUUCAACUCAGCUCUCCGGCAGCCCAGCUGUUCUGACCUCGGUAAAGCAUACAUCAAAAUACUGAUAAACUGGGAUGACGACAAGAGUUGCUUUCAAGUGUACAAACAUGGCUUCAAUACCUACAAUCAUCCGCCUUGUGUAUUAGUCCUACCAACAGUUUCAUCAGAGAUGGAAUUUCACCGCAAACGUGACCCAACUACAAUCCAAAAUUCACCCUGGAUUAUAAUGGCCCCAAGUUUCACAUUUGGUUCGUUCCAUACAGGCACAGACCUGGUGGUGACCACCAUGGCUUACCUGGAGUUGUUCAACAAAAGCUUGGAUGAGACAUCUCGGAUAUUGCUCAACUCUCGUUCGCGCUUACUUACUCUUUCAAUCGGACGAGCCGGAAAUGAGGAGGCAAACAGAACAAGCUACACGAAUUUACUACUGCAUGACCUGGAGAAGCUAAAUUACGAUGUCAGUCAUCAGGAGAUGAGUGCUGUUCACAUUUCUAUUCACCGAAUGGAGGAGGAACUUUUAGAGUGCUGGAAAACGGAAGCACUUCAAUCCAUGCUCCAACUUUUGGGCGAAAGUUUGGUUUGGUUUCCAUGUGUGAGCUCGCCUGAGUUGUUACGAGACUCGGUUUUCGGUCUCGUCCCAAUCACGCCUCCGUCAACUCUCGAUGGAAGCCAAGUGAACACCCUUUCAUGGCAAAUUCAGUUGCUUCUGUGUUUGGGAAGUGGAGCCAUCCCGGUCCUCGUCGGCGAGGGACAACUGCCUUUUCCGAUGGCAAUAGGCUAUGAACGAUGGUCACAAGCAACGAUAAGUAUAUCGGUUCGCCAACUGGAUCAGUUGCGCCCCUUACUUCUUUCAGUACCCGCCGAAGAAAUUGAAGUGUUGCAGCAAAAUGGCAACAAGUUAUUCAAACGGUUUCUGCAGGACAUUUCUACCCAAACUUCGACACUCUUGUUGGAAUUAAUUCUUCGAUUCGGUUUGAUGAAGCCUCCGGCACCACAGUGGAGGACAGUUGUAACGGCACGACCAACACCGAUCAUUUCGUAUCAUACGCAACAACUUUCCGGCCUAAUCGGCUUGCCAUCCGUUCCUGAAAAUUUCUAUUCCCUUGAUCAAUAUACUCAUACUCGGUCCGCACCGAUGAGCUUCGAAGGCCGAAUGAUUGUGAAUCCUUUUUGGUCGUUUCCUUCUACGCCGUGGGACAUUAAACCACCACACCAACAGUUUACUGCUUUGAUUUUGUACUACAACCGGUUCAAAGUACUUGUGAAAACACUCUUCUCGAUGCAAGGUCUACCAUUCCUCCAAUCGAUUAUCAUUGUAUGGAACAAUCCCAUUGGACCGGAUGAACUGCAGUCAGCUACAUAUACUUUGCCUGUUUACUACUGCAUUCAACGACCAGCGAAGCCUGCUUGUUCUGUGGCAACUACUAGAAGUGCUCCCCAAUGUUACUCCCGACAGGUCUUUCAAGCGACGAAAAACAGCCUGAACAAUCGUUUUCUCCCACUGGAUUUGAUUUUGACGGAUGCAGUACUGUUGCUUGAUGAUGACGUUAAACUCAGCAAAGAAGAAAUCGAAUUUGGAUUUAGCGCCUGGAGGGAGAACCCAGAUCGAAUAGUUGGCCAUCCGGAAAGAGGACACAAAUUUGACCCAAAAGAGAAAAAAUGGUCAUAUAAUGCUGCUCCAGCUGGAAAGUAUUCAAUGAUACUCACAGGUGCUGCCUUUUUGCACAAGUACUAUCUAUACACCUACACGUGGGAUAUGCCUCCGGCAGCCCGAGAUCUAGUGGACAGGAAGAAAAACUGUGAAGAUAUCGCCAUGAAUUUUUAUGUGGCACAUUUGACGAGAAAGCCGCCAAUCAAGGUGAUUGAGUGUGCUGCACCAGGCCGCCUCAUGUUCCUGUCGCUACAAACUAGAGAUUCAGCUGGGUUCCAGGUCCCGGCUGCUCAUCUCUGA